AUGUCUGAGAGAAAGGUUUUAAAUCGUUAUUUCCCACCAGAUUUUGAUCCAAAAAAACUUGAAGAUAGUAAGAAGAUUUUUAAGAAACCAAAACAAAAUAGGAAAGGUGGAGGCCACAGAAAAAAAAAAUUAUUAAAUAUUAGAAUGUUAUACCCUUUCACUGUUAGAUGUAAUGGCUGUGAAGUUUAUCAUUAUGUUGGGACCAAGUUUAACUCAAAAGUAGAGAAGGUACAAAAUGAAUCAUAUCUUGGGAUACCUAUUUGGAGAUUUUAUGGUCGUUGUACUCAAUGUGGAAAUAUAAUCAUCUUUAAAACAGAUCCAAAAUCUGGUGAUUACAUACUUGAGUCUGGAGCUAAGCGAAAUUAUAAUAUAAAUAAUAAAGAAAUGAUCAAUAAAAAGGACGAAAACAACAUUGAGAGUAAAGUAAUUAGCUCUGUAUUAGAAUCCAGGUCAUUAGAAGAGCUUGAAAUACUAAAGAAAUUGAAUAAAAGGCUAAUGAACAGGGAUAUUACUGAAUUGAAUGCUUUAAAGUAUGUAAUUGAUGAUAAUGACACCGAUGAUUUACCUGAAGAACAAUUCAUAAUUCAUACAAAUAAUAAGAAAACAAAUACAUUUGAUGCAUGUGAAGAUAUUAUAGUGGAUAGAGAAAAACACCUAAUUACAAAUAGUGUGAGGAGGUGUAUUGAUUUUUACAAAGAAAGCAUUGAAUAUCAAAAAAAAUCAGAAGUAUGUAUUGUGAAUUCAAAAGAUCUAAAGGGACCAAAUUUUCCUGUUAGGGUAAAGGAAAGCAAUCCAACCAAUCUUUUUUUUAAUUACUAUGAUUCUGAAUCAGAGUAA